CACUUAACGCGCAAAAGUGAAAAAAGAACCAAAACAAAAUUCAAAAGCACAAAAAAGAAAACAAAAAUAUCAGUAAAUACGUUUAAAAGUGAUAAAUUUUUGUUAUAUUGAGUGAUACAACUUAUUACAGCUCAUUGAAAUUUCAUCUACUUAUUGGAUGUGCUGUCCUGAUGCCUUUGUACGUUUAACAAGUGCAAGGUGGUUGCUGCAAGUGUAGAAGACAACGGAUUUGGACUUUACAUAUAAAACAUAUAAAAAACAAGUGUCAGUGGUGUCCAAGUUUUGUGUGGACGAGCAUUUAAAUGUCUUAGAAGCGUCUUUGUUUUAAUGAAGCUCUUUUUUGCCAGCGUCACGUUAGCGGCGUCACCUCACACUCACCGGAGGUGAAGACCUUUGAUACCAUUAGUUCCGUGCAAAAGUAAAGCAAUAUAGCCAGAGUAUCACAGUGAAACAGCGAAUAAGAAGGCGCAAAAAAGAACACCAAGCAGAUAUUCUUGGGGAAGAUUUCACCUUGUCUCGUAUUUGCAUCACAAUCAGCCAAGCAGCUGCAUCCUCAGUCAUCCAUUCUUUCUAUCUAUCCAUCCAUUCGUUCAGCUUUGCUCCUUUGUGUCAUUGCCAUGGAAUUGUCAGCGUUGAAUCCAACGAAAGAUGUGGAAUUUCAAGAUAUCUACUAUACAGUCAUACAAAGGAAAAACUUUGUCAAAGUGGUUGGUGAACGUCAAAUAUUGAAGGGUGUUAGUGGAAGCUUCCGCAAUGGCCAGCUUUCAGCUAUUAUGGGUCCUUCGGGAGCCGGAAAGAGCAGUUUAUUAAAUGCCAUAUCGGGAUUUGUCACUUCCGGCGUCAAAGGUCAUAUAAAUAUAGAUCGAAAACAUUCCUGUUAUAUUACCCAAGAGGAUCAUCAUCAAACUCUACUCACCGUUUAUGAGUUGAUGAAUCUUGCCUGUGAUCUCAAGUUGAAGAGAAAUCAUCAACAAAACAAAGAUCAGUUGAUACGAGAAAUUUUGGAAAGUCUUAAUUUAAAUCACCGUCGAAAUGUUAAUGCUAAUGAUUUGAGUGGUGGUGAAAGGAAACGAUUAUCGGUGGCGUUAGAGUUGGUAGCCAAUCCCAAGAUAUUCUUUUUGGAUGAGCCCACUAGUGGUUUGGAUGAGGUAACCGCUAAUCAAUGUAUACGAUUAUUGAGAUCGUUGGCCCAACGUGGCCAUACAGUUGUCUGCACCAUACAUCAGCCAUCAGCGACUGUUUUCAACUAUUUCGAUAAUGUCUAUGUGUUGGCCAAGGGCAGAUGUGUGUAUCAGGGAUCGCCAAGGGCUUUGGUCUCCUAUCUAAGUCAUGCUGAAAAAGAUUGUCCCACUUAUUAUAGCCCAGCGGAUUAUAUUAUCGAACUUUGCGACUUUGAAGAUCCCCAAAUGAUACCUGCCUUAAGUGAUCUUGUGGACAAUGGCAAAUUAUUGUACACAGCUCCCUGUGAUAAUGAAUACUUCAAGAAUUCUAAAUAUCCCCUUGUCAAUGACUCGAAAUCAUUUCGCCAAGCCUUGAUCUCAUUCUUCCCAGAAACACCGAAAUCGAAUGGUUUCGCUUCUAUACUGACAAAAAGUGCAGCAAAUGGUAAUAGCCUCUUGAGCAACAGCAAAUCGGUGCUCUUACAACAAGCCAAAUCUCUUAUGAAGCGUUUGUCGCCCAAGGAACGCGAAGGAAUAUCCAGUUUUCAACAGUUCACCGUACUUGUGCAUAUCUUAUUUUUAAGAAUAUUGCGGGCUCGUAUACCAAUUAUUAUACAACUAAUCCAUCACAUAAUGGUGGGAUUACUUUUUGGACUACUCUAUUACAACAAGGGCAAUCAGGGCACGGAGUUCUUUGGUCAUUUAAAAUAUUGCAUAAGUGUCAUUGUUAUGAUAGCCUAUACGCAGAUUAUAUUACCAGUAAUUACAUAUCCCCUUGAGGUGAAAAUUGUGAAAAAGCAAACGUUUAAUCACUGGUAUUCGCUGUCCAAUUAUUUUCUGGCUUUAUGCAUUAGUCGCAUGCCUUUACAAAUCCUUUACAACAUGAUCUUUUUGACUAUAAGCUAUUGGAUGACUGGAUUUCCGGCUCAAUGGUGGCGUUUUGCCAUAUUCAUUGGUGUGGGCAUUAUGGUUUCCUUUGUGGCCGAGGGCAUGGGUCUAACAAUUGGAGCGGCCUUUGGCAUAACUAAUGGCUCUGUGGUGGGACCCAUGAGUAUUGCCGCUUUUAUGGGUCUGGCUAUUUAUGGAUUCGAUUUUGCAGCUCAAAUCUCCCCAGCCAUGGAUUGGUUUAUGACCGUCAGUUUUAUGCGUGAUGGAGUUGUUGCCCUGGUCAUAACCCUCUUCGGCUAUGGCCGUGACAUUCUCGAAUGUAGUGAUAUAUAUUGUCAUUUCGGUGACCCCCGAGUCCUGUUGAAAUUUUUAAAGCUGGAAAAGGUCACUGUGUUCCAUCAAAUGACGUACUUACUUGUAUUGUUUCUCUUCUUUAGAAUAUCAUUGUAUGUAUCACUCUGGCGACGUUGUAAAACGUAGUUGCAUACGUCUCCAAAAUUCUCAUAAUUGCUUAUAGUACUUUAAGAAAUGUUUGUUUGUAUACAAACACAGGGGAAACAAGAUUUACUGUGAUAAUUAUUAAGAACUUUUGUUUUAUCCAAAUUCAAUUCGAGUUUUUUUUUAAUCGAAAUAAUCCAUUCCUUGAGAUUUAAUCGAUGUGUGUCUGGAUGGCAUCCAAAGAAUUUUUUCUUAGAUAUUUUUUAAUUACAUUUAAUCGCCAGAAGUUGAAAUGCAGAAUAUGGUGUAUUUUAUAGAAUUAAAAAAAAAUCCAAUUUAUAUUCGCUACAAUAAAAUUGUUAUAAAAUA